AUGUAUACUUCAUACCUUCUGGGCACUCUUGCCGUCCUAACUGCUACCGCGGUCGGAGCUCCGGCAGAGCACAUUAAGAAGCGAGAGAGUCGGACCAGUGCUCCCUCGGGGUGCCUGACGGUCGGAUCGGACGGCACAUAUUCCACCAUCGGCGAUGCGCUUGAUGCUCUGGGCUCAUCGACUUCGUCCGCUUGCAUUUACGUGGCUAGCGGCACAUAUGAGGAGCAGCUGACCAUCGACUAUGAUGGCAACCUGACACUGUACGGUGAGACCACCGAUACAGGCACCUACAAAGACAAUGUAGUUACCAUUACCCACACCAUCUCGUCGUCGGAUGCCGGCUCUCUCGACAAGAGCGCCACCGUCAACGUGGUGUCGGACGGGUUCAGCAUGUACAACAUCAACGUGGAGAAUGGAUAUGGAGAGGGAUCACAGGCGGUGGCUCUUGUCGGAAACGCAGAUCAGCUGGGCUUCUAUGGGUGUCAAUUCAGCGGGUACCAGGACACCCUCUAUGUCAAGGCCGGCACCCAGUACUACUCCAACUGCAUGAUUGAGGGCGCGGUCGACUACAUCUUCGGCGAUGCAUCGGUGUGGUUUGGCGAAUGUGACAUUGUGUCCAACGGCGCCGGUGCUAUCACGGCCUCAUCGCGGGAAACCUCCUCUGACUCAGGCUGGUACGCCAUCGACAACUGCAACAUUAAGGCCGCAUCAGGUGUCUCCCUAACGGAGAAGGUCUAUCUGGGACGGCCGUGGCGCGUGCUUGCGCGAGUUAUCUACCAGAACUCGGUGUUAUCGGACAUCAUCAACCCCAAGGGCUGGACGACGAUGGCAGACGGUGCGACACCACUGUAUUAUGAGUACAACAACUCUGGAGCGGGAUCAGACACAUCAGACCGCGAGUAUGAGUCCUCCAUUUCCGCAGCAGUUGACAAGACCACGGUCUUGGGCGAGUCCUGGGGAGACUGGAUUGAUCGGAGCUACUAA